AUGUAUGUCGAUUCCGAUGAGGAGGCCGCUGCCGUAAGCACGGUAGUGGAGCAGGUGGCUCCUUAUGCCGCCGCCGUUACACCGACCUCUAACGCCUGGUCCGAGCGAGUAGUCGCAAGGCUGAGAUCAUUGCAACGCGAGCUUUGCAACUUUAACGUAGCACUCCCUGAUGUUGUUAGUUUUCGUGUGGACGGAAAGGAUUUUUGUGUGCGGCGCGAGUUGCUACUGAAGGAUCCACAGUCGGUGCUCUUCCUCAUGGCCGUGAAGCAUUUCCAACAGCACACUGCUGACCGAGGCGUUGAAAAUGCCAUCGAGGUUCCGUGUAGGAACCCUAUGCUCUUCGGAAUGUUGCUGAAUUUGCUGCGCGGAUAUAAAAAUCCCAUUCCGGAGGCCUACCGCGAUGCCUGCUAUGCAGAGGCACGUUUCUACGGCCUUCUACGCUCCUGGUCCUCACGUUAUGCCGUUGUAGUGGAAGGCCCUUUCUGCCCGCUACCCUGCAGCGGUCGCCUCUUCUCUGAUGUUGUGUGCGCCACGGCUGGGUCUUAUUGCCGCAGGGGAAAGUACCGCAUCACGUUCAAUGUGCUUCGAUGUGAUACGAUGGCAGUCGGAGUUAUUUCGCGUGACAAAGAGAAAAUGUGGGCAGACAGCGUAGACCAGUGGGAGGGGUUUGCACUUUGCUGGAACGACGGUCGAACGGUGCAUAACUUCGGCGAGGCCGUGAUGGAAAGAACGGGUGUCACAUACGCGGCUAACGCACGCAUUCGAGUCGAGCUGGAUUGUGACGAGGGUAUUUUAAGUUGGUGUUUUUUAGAGCGGCAGCAGAUGUCUGUAGUACGCUUACCACCGAUGAGUUUCGCUUUCGUUGUGGUGUUGGCGCGGUCUUCUGAGGUGCAAAUAGUGGGAAGCGACUAA